AGGAAAGAAGGGGAGAACGGGAAGCGAAACACGAGGAGGUACAGGGCCUGGCAGAGGGUAGUUAAAGGUGUCAUCUCCGUCGGUCGAGGUGGCAUGUGUCUGUCUGAACGCUCUCCUCCCUCGAGCAGGACACAUUUUAGUGGCGUGUACAAGAAAGACGAGAGGAGUUACACGUACAUUAGCCUUUGCUUUCAUCCAUCCGGCUUUGCGCUUGCCAGCCAGCCAGGCCAGACGGGGCCUGCCGGGGCGGGAGGGAGAGACAUAGAGACAGACAGAGGGAGGGAGGGAGGGAGAGAGGGAGAGGCCGGGCCAGGCCAGGAGAGGAGCAGAGAGGAGAGGAGGAGGAGGAGAAAGCAGACGCCACGAGAUCGCAAGCAUUCUUCACGGACCUAGGGCAGACCGAAGAGACAGGGGAAGGAGAAUUCAGCCUCAUCGUCUGCGCUGUCGGAUCCCAACAGAUUCGUGAGUUGUGCCAUUUGCUACCGAGUUUCGGAGGGCUCAGAGUGGAAUUCGAAGGAUGUCGGUUCAGGAGUAUCUGGAGAAGCACAAGCUCUCCCAAAAAAUCGAAGAUGCCGUCAACGCGGCAGUCAGAGCCAAGAGUUCGGAUCCGGUUCUCUUCAUUUCCAAUCACAUGAAGAAGACGUGCAUCUCGACCAUCCAAAAAAUUAAGGCCCGCCAAAUUAUCGACAGCCGAGGCAAUCCAACUGUUGAGGUUGAUCUAUAUACCGGAAAGGGCAUGUUUCGGUCAGCAGUUCCAAGCGGGGCUUCAACAGGAGUGCAUGAGGCAGUGGAGCUCAGGGAUGGAGACAAAAGCAGAUACUUGGGAAAGGGUGUCCUGAAGGCCGUUUCUAAUAUCAAUGAUAAAAUUGGCCCAGCCCUUAUUAACAUGGAUCCUACACAGCAAGCGCAGAUCGAUAAGAUAAUGAUAGAUAUGGACAAGACGGAUAACAAGGGCAAUUUGGGUGCAAACGCGAUCCUUGCAGUAUCUAUGGCAGUCUGCAAGGCUGGGGCCGCUGAAAAGGAUGUUCCUUUGUAUCAGCACAUAGCAGAUCUGGGUGGCAUCACAAGGCUUGUGCUUCCUGUUCCUGCAUUCAACAUCAUAAACGGAGGAAGUCACGCCGGAAAUAGGCUAGCCAUGCAGGAAUUCAUGAUCCUUCCGACAGGAGCCCCAACUUUUGGAGAAGCAUUACGAUAUGGUGCAGAAGUAUACCAUCACCUAAAGGCAGUUAUUAAAGAGAAAUACGGAAUCGAUGCUUGUAACGUCGGUGACGAGGGAGGUUUUGCUCCUAACAUAUCAAGCAACAAGGAAGGUCUAGACUUGGUGAAAGAAGCUAUUGAACGGGCAGGCUUUACUGGAAAGAUCAAAAUUGGAAUGGAUGUUGCCGCAAGCGAGUUUUUGACAGAUGACAAGAAGUAUGAUCUGGACUUCAAAAGUGCGAAUAACAAUGGUUCUGAGAAAAAGUCAGGAGCAGAGAUGAUUGAUCUGUAUAAGUCAUUUUGUACAGAGUACCCGAUUAUUAGCAUCGAGGAUCCGUUCGACCAAGAUGAUUGGGAGAACACGAAGGCAUUGACUUCUCUUGGUAUUUGUCAGGUGGUCGGAGACGAUUUGCUUGUGACCAAUCCAAAGCGGGUGAUGAAAGCAAUUCAAGAGAAAACUUGCAACGCACUACUUUUGAAGGUGAACCAAAUUGGUUCAGUAACUGAGGCCAUUCAAGCAGUAAAUAUGUCCAAAGAUGCAGGCUGGGGUGUCAUGUGCUCUCACCGAAGUGGUGAGACGGAAGAUUCUUUCAUUGCUGACUUGGCAGUAGGGCUCGCUACCGGUCAAAUCAAAACGGGUGCUCCCUGUAGAAGUGAACGUCUCGCGAAGUACAAUCAGCUUCUUCGGAUCGAGGAGGAACUUGGUGAUAAGGCUAUCUUUGCAGGAGAAAAUUGGCGACCCAAGUUAGGUGCAGCACCUCCGGCAGGAUCUGCUGCAGCUGCACCUGCUGCUGCGAAGUAGUUCCAUACGUGUACUGGUAAUGUGUUGAUCUUAGCUCACAGGAGUUUUCAUAGCUCGAGGGGAAGCAAAACCUGCCAAUCUUUCCGUCCACAUCACAUGGUGACGUGAAAUUCUACCCAUUUUCCAGCUCAACCAAUAGGUUAGAAGUGGACCAGAUAUGACCUCGUAGAUGUGCAGGACAUGCUGUGGAAUCGAAUAAGAAACAAGAGAACCCUUUGUAUGUAAGAGUUGAAUGUUCAGUGGGUUCUACAUCCACGAGCUAGUUAGAAGCAAGCAGGCCAUUGUGAGUUGCAGUCACAUAUACAUAGCUGGCCUUCUCUGCCUUACUUUGUCUUGCCCAAUACAAGGCAAGAUUGUCGUGGUGCUCCUCUUUUCUUGUUACAUAGGUGAUGCUGUUAUUUUUUUUCGCGGAAAUCAAUGCAAUGAUGUCAUGCCGAUAUCUUGCUCUCCGGAAGAAGCCGCUGAGUGCUUACUCAACGUGUCUGUGGCACAGCGCGAUGAUAGAAUUUUGAUCAAGACAUCCGUAAUUAGGCUUAGUGCUUAUCCGGUAUUUCAGCCACCUAUGUAGAGGACAAUUAAUAAUGUUGUCGAAGUUGCUGUCUGUCCAAUCGAGGAAAUUUAUGGAGUUAGUGCAGACUUAAAAGGAGUAUAUUGCAGAGUUACGUCUAGUUAGGGGUUAGUAGCCUUUUCUUCCUUUUAGUCACUUCAUGGGGAUGCCCUUCUUUCACCUUAUUUCCCACGAUGGGGGGUUUUCCCAUCAACCGAAAUUGUUACUCAUUUUACUUGCACCUUCAU